AUGUUUCUGCUUAGCUCACAUAACUUGGUUCUCAUCGUUGCUGUCGUCAUUGUCGUCGUGUUCAACCCCACACCUUUGGCCAUGCAUUCUACAACAUUCAUAAUACCACCUUUGUACUUGCCAUUGCGCCGACGACUCCUCUCCGACAUCUAUCCAUCGGAUACCUACUGCGCGCAAAACCACAGCUCUGUCCCUCGGACUACGUCUCACCCCACGCCCUACAAGUCAUUAGAGGAGAUUCUCGCUGCCCGCGUGCCGAAAUCAGAGGGGAUAGCACUUGCCCACAGUGAUUGUCUCAUCCUAAUGCCAUUUCCAAACAGCAACGGCGGGCUGUGGAUCUCCUCGCCGAACAUGGAGUUCGUGCCAGAACUGCCUACCUACGAGGACAGUGUUCCAUUCAGCUUCUUUUCCGACGGAAUGCUGGGGGCCUUUGAACAUCUCAAGUGGCCUCAGGUCUUUGAUGGAAGAGAGCCACACGCCAUCGCCAUCCCGGGCAACCCUGAUUUGAUGCUGAACAUCAAGAUCCAGGAGUUUCCCUUGCUAGACGCAAAAGAGAUUUUACCCGAUUUUGAGGACAAGGACAUACCAUGGUUGGCCGUUGACUCCAAAGACUUCGACGUAGCCCUGCAUUUACUGCAAAAAGACGUGGGCUUUCUAACUUCUUCCAUGCAUGCUCGCCUUCACACCGCCGCGAGUGAGGUCAUUGCAUGGGCCAUCACUGAAGCUGACAACCUAUCCUACGUGGCUGCGCCGAGCUGGCUGGAAGCGAACAUCCAUGACAACACUUUGGAAGGAUUCGGGGACAUGCUCAGGCGAUACAGUCUCACUGGGCAGCCGACGGUCCAGUGUGCUAUUGCAGUUCUGAGGGCUGACCGGGAAGGUGGUGAUCGUUCUGAGACACAGGAAGAGGGUCAGAGUCAGCAAACCUCUAUGGAUGAUCCAGGCAAAAGAAGAAGGGGCGCACGAAUGGCGAACCCUGUUGCACCGGCCCCCGCCGUUCCACCAACAAUAGAACCUCCCAAGCAAGCACAAAGGGUGCAGAAUUGGCUACAGAUUAGAACAUGGUGCAUGUACCAGGCCUAUUCGUGUGUUGACCAGGCCCCGGUCCUCAUGAUGGCCUCGCAGUGGAAAAUUGCCUUGGAGGGCAACUAUUUCGCUGUCUACUAUCCAAAGGGGGCCGAAAUCCUGCCUGAGUCCUCUGUAGCUAACAUCCGACGCCUUCCUGAAGCCCCAACACCUCAGUCGACCCUGGGAAAGCGCGCUCGUUCUGAUACCAGGGCAGACAGCAACGUCAAGCUGAACAAUGUGGAGCGGCAUCGUCUCAGGCGGCUCAUGGAGCAGGUGGACAUCAACAUCUGGUUUGAGGUGCACGGCAUGUUUAGCCCUUAUCGCCCUGAUGCCCAGCCGCUUCCGACAUGGCAGAACAGGACUGUGAACUUCGAUCGGGCCCGCAAGGAUGAAAAUUUGUGGGCGGAGCUCACUUGGGAAAUCUCGUAUGUGAUCAUGUGCAUCUGGAACAAUGAGUACAAGAUUUGGGAUCAGCCAGGGCAUGAUGCGCAAGACUGGCUCAUAUUCCCCAACUGGCACAGGCUUGGCCGCAUCAAGACCCUCCUUUUCCUCAGUGGGAUGUGCAAAAAGAGCGAGAUACUCUUCCUAGAACUCCUGAGCAUGAGUGCCAGACUGUGCAGGAGCAAGAACAUGCUGAAAGGCUCCAAAUGA